AAUCAUUCUAUACACCGACGACAGUUGAAAGUUCUAUCACGUACAGCAAGUUCUAUCGUAAAUAUUCCAACUAAGUAACGUUUAAAGUGAACUUUUAUCGUAGUGGCGUGAUUGUGAAAACGCAACAUUCUUUACCAAACCGUGCACAAUGGGCAGAAAGGGCAGCAAACAGACAAAACUGCCUCCGGACAGUCAAGAAGUCCGAUCAUCUCACCCGAUUCGCGCCAGAACGCUCAUCCGCAGCAACUUGGAGAAGGCAUCUGUUAUCAGCAAUACCAGCAACAGCAGCAGCGGCGGCACCCCGGCCUGCGGCAGCAAUCUCGUGCAUAGUUUGUCAUCGGCGACACCCAGCACCGGUGGCAGUAGCAUUAGCGACAGCGGCAGCGAUAGCAAGCAUCCGACCGACAGCAUUUCUACUCCAAGUGUCGAUCCUCACCAAUUGCUACAGUCGAGGAUGCCUAACAUCAAAGUGUUUUCUGGUUCGUCCCAUCCGGAUCUUGCGUCCCGCAUCGUCGACCGGCUGGGUAUCGAUCUCGGCAAGGUGGUGACGAAAAAGUUCAGCAACUUGGAGACUUGUGUGGAAAUUGGUGAAUCAGUUCGCGGCGAAGAUGUGUACAUCGUGCAGUCAGGUUCCGGUGAAAUCAAUGAUAACUUGAUGGAGCUGCUGAUUAUGAUCAACGCGUGCAAGAUUGCAUCGGCUUCUCGUGUGACUGCAGUCAUACCAUGCUUCCCUUACGCACGGCAGGAUAAGAAAGAUAAGACAGGCGACGAUAAGCUGGCAGAGCUCAUGAAAACCAAUGAGUGGAAGUUCCGGAGCCGUGCGCCGAUUUCUGCCAAAUUGGUAGCAAAUAUGCUUUCCGUUGCGGGUGCCGAUCAUAUCAUUACAAUGGAUUUGCACGCUUCACAGAUUCAGGGUUUCUUCGAUAUACCGGUCGACAAUUUGUACGCCGAACCGGCAGUACUGAAAUGGAUCAGGGAAAACAUUGCCGAGUGGCGGAACUCCAUCAUUGUGUCGCCGGAUGCGGGCGGUGCGAAACGUGUUACCUCCAUCGCGGAUCGGUUAAACGUGGAGUUCGCUUUGAUCCACAAGGAGCGUAAGAAGGCAAACGAGGUCGCCUCGAUGGUGCUGGUUGGCGAUGUGAAGGAUCGUGUGGCGAUCCUGGUAGACGAUAUGGCCGACACGUGUGGCACCAUUUGCCACGCGGCGGACAAGCUGGUAGAGGCUGGUGCAACGAAAGUUUACGCCAUACUGACGCACGGCAUCUUCAGCGGGCCGGCCAUCUCAAGGAUAAACAAUGCUUGCUUUGAGGCAGUAGUAGUGACAAAUACGAUCCCGCAGGAUGGCCAUAUGAAGGAUUGUCCCAAGAUUCAGUGCAUCGACGUUUCGAUGAUGUUCGCCGAGGCGGUCCGUCGGACGCACAACGGAGAAAGCGUGUCGUAUCUGUUUUCUAACGUUCCUUACUAAAACACCACACCAACACCGCGUUUUCUAAAUACCAGAGUGUGUAUACCUCUGCUCUUCUAAGCUAUGACACAGAUACACAAACACACAUAGCUCUACACCUUACACCAUAGUCAUUGUCUCCAAUACGAUUGGAAUUCUUGGCCCGGAAGUCGGAAAGCGGAAAUUAAACACAACAACAACAACAGAUUUCAUUGUUUCUUAUCGGUUAUACGUAAAUUUUGCAUACCCACGCGUUCUAAAAUAGAAAAUCUAAAAUAUGUAUUCAUCAUCAUGAUCCAGUGUACAACAUGAGGGGGUAGUCAUAAACAAAAAAAAAAGAGAAUAAGUACGUGCAAAAGGUAGAUCAGGAUGUGAGGAAAGAACGUUAAAAAUACAUUUGCCAGCAGCCAUUUAUUUGUGCAGCAUAAGAAAAACGUUGGGAAGUAAGAACUGAGAACAGGGUCAAGGCAAAACAGUCGUUAUGCUUGCAUAAAUAAGGUCAGUUUUGGAUGUGUUCCUUCAAAUGAGCGUUUACGUGUUUCAUACGUUUCAUAUGCACUCUGUGAAAUGAAACAGUUCCACAUAACAGUUGUUCGAUUUGUUUUAGACGCAGUCCGAAAGUGCUAUAAAAAGACAAGUUUCGAUUUGCAUUUUUUUUUUUUUUUUGUAAAUUUGUUAGCAGUACCCCUGGAUCCGAGUUGCGGUCGAGUACUACAAAUACUGAAAGAAUCAAAUGAUUCGUGUUUGGUUUGCAAAUAGUGGAGCAUAAACGUUUGUUAUGUUUUGUUUUUUGUUUUCUUUUCUUUCUGUAUAACAACCGAAAAGGUGUAAAAGAACAUGUGCAUUCUAGGUGCUAGAGUCUGGCUAAUUUCUGUAAGGACUAGGCAGUAACCAUGUAAACAACAAUUGUGUGUUAUUUGAAGGCAAACGGAACACAUCCUUUUAUAGUAAGGUAUCAAAUAUCGAGAAUCUGGUCCAUGUGGCAUACACCGCGCGUUUGUACAUUAGAUAAGAUUGAGAGUCAGGGCAGUGAAUGAUAGGGGGAUACUCCUGUAAUUGGAUGCAAUAGCGCUACCGUGCAACAAAACUUCUUUUCUGGCAAUAUUUCACACAACAUAUAGUUUGUUUUGUUAUUUGGCUUUGUCCUCGCAAACCGUGUUGUGACGGCGACUCACCUCCUCUUUUUGGUCCCAUAGAUCCAUUGCGACGUGUUUCUAUACGAAUGUAACAGACAAACACACAGACAGACAUAUGUUUUAUUUUAUGGUACAAUCUAUGUUUAGUUUACUAUUAUUUGAUAUAAAACCACAUUAGCUAGUGCUGAUAUUAGCUACCAAAAUAGCGUCGUCCUGUUAUGAGUGUUACAGAACCGACAGAAAGAAAUGCUGAUUGGAGAGUAAUUUUGUAAUAAAUAGCACAAUUUGAGCAUUCA